GCAUCAUUCGGGGUAAGAAGCGAAGAAAAAACUGGAUGGUAAUCGGUAGAAAGUGGUUGAAGCGUAAUUGGAAUUUUGAAUAAUCCUAAAUCAUGGGAUUAGCGGUGCGUCCAUUUCUGAUACGCUCUCUGAAGUACAUUUCUUUCCUAACGUCAUUCAUUCCGGCUCAGUGGUCGGCAGCAGCAAACAUGUCGUUGAGUCCAGGAGAUCCAAAUUCCUAUUCACGGCCCGACUUAGCCGUGGUGACGCAUAUUGAUCUGCACCUGCGUGUGGAUUUUGACAAAAAAGUAUUGGUUGGAAGCGUUAUUUUGGAUGUUAAAAAAUCUGGGGAUACCAACGAAGUGAUUUUGGAUAACCGAGGGUUGACCAUUUCGACUGUGCUUAAUGUUGCCGAUGGUUCGCCAUUAGAGUUUGUCAAAGGGGAAUCAGUGACAUAUGGGUCAAAACUCAGCAUCAAACUGCCUCAAGUGCAAUCUCCAAAUAAUACAUAUAAAAUUGAAAUACAGUAUGCGACUUCGCCCAGUGCCAGUGGUUUACAAUGGCUAGAGCCAGAACAAACAGCGGGUGGAAAAUAUCCAUACAUGUUUUCACAAUGUCAGGCUAUUCAUGCCCGUUCUAUAUUGCCCUGCCAAGACACUCCGUCUGUGAAAGCGACCUAUACUGCUGAGAUAAAAGCACCAGCAAAUUUGACUGUCCUCAUGUCUGCUUUGCAUGACGGGAUAGUAGAAUCUGGUGGGGAUAUCAGAAUACACAAAUUUCACCAGCCAGUUCCAAUUCCUGUCUAUUUAAUUGCACUCGCUGUUGGAAAAUUAGUCUCCCAGAGAGUCGGCCCAAGAUCACAUGUCUGGGCGGAAAAGGAGCUCAUUGAGCAAAGUGCAUUUGAAUUUAGCGAAACAGAAACUAUGCUAAGAACUGCUGAAGAUAUUUGUGGCCCUUACGUUUGGGAAAUUUAUGACUUGUUGAUUUUACCACCGAGCUUUCCAUUUGGUGGUAUGGAAAAUCCUUGUUUAACUUUUGUAACACCGACUCUCUUGGCUGGGGAUCGUUCUCUGGCUGAUGUGGUUGCUCAUGAAAUAGCUCACAGCUGGACUGGAAACUUGGUGACAAAUGCAAACUUUGAACACUUUUGGCUAAAUGAGGGAUUCACUAUGUUCGUUGAACGAAAAAUACAGGGGAGAAUACAUGGUGAUAAAUUUCGGGACUUUUCAGCUAUUAGAGGGCUCAAGGCGUUACGUGAAACUAUUGCAGUAUGUGGUGAAACUGAUCUACUUACAUACCUUGUGCCAAACUUGAUAGGCAUGGAUCCUGAUGAUGCUUUUUCAACGGUACCCUAUGAAAAAGGUCACACAUUUGUGUACUACAUCGAGCAGCUUCUCGGAGGACCAGAAGUGUUUGAACCAUUUUUGAAAUCUUAUUUGAACACAUAUAAGUACAAAAGUAUAGUGACAUUAACUUGGAAAGGGUAUUUAUAUGAUUACUUCAAGGACAAAGUUGAUGUCCUAAACUCUAUUGAUUGGGAUACAUGGCUUUACAGACCAGGGAUGCCCCCUGUAAUCCCAGCGUAUGACACAACUUUGACACAAGUGUGCAGAGAAUUAGCAGAUCGGUGGCUUCAUUGGGACGAAAAUACAACAAGCCCAUUCAACGCGUCAGAUAUCACAAAAUUAAGUUCAAAUCAAAAGAUUGAAUUUCUGGCUGAAUUAUUACUAGCCAAUGAAACGUUAUCACAAAAAAAGUUAGAAGUUAUGAAUCAAGUGUACAAGUUCGAUCCUAUGAAAAAUUCAGAAAUCAGAUUUCAAUGGAUACGUUUGUCACUCAAGGGUCGCUGGAGAGCCAAAGUAUCACUUGCGUUAACCUUUGUAACGGAACAAGGACGUAUGAAAUUUAUUAGACCGAUUUACCGAGACUUAUAUGCAUGGGAAGAGGUCCGCCAACAAGCCAUUGAUACAUUUUUGGCAAACAAACAUAAAAUGAUGUAUGUCAGCGCUCAUGCAGUGGCCGAAGAUUUGUGUCUAAACAGUGAUGUGUGAAUGAUGUUGAUGUAUGAGCUUAUGACCAUAAAAUACCACUUGCUGAAUAAUCGGACAAAAUGGUUAUCUUGAUAUAAAUAAUUUGUAUGAUGCUUUUAAUACUUUAUACAUGGUGGGAAGAUGAUAACAAAUAGUUACGUGUUGGAAUAUAUAAUUUUACUACCUA